GUUGUCCCUUAAAAAAUUCACUGGUUCUGGUUUUGGACUGAAUAUGGGCAAAAACCGCACCCUGUGCGGUGUUGACUUGUAUGAUUUGUAAAUUUUAUUUUUAAAGAGAAUUCUAUAGAUAUACCGAUUCAAUUGAUUUUCAGAAAUGAGUUUUCUCAAAGACAUAAUCGAAAACCUAGGUUCAAUUCUGUCGUCAGAUUCAUCAUCGGAGUCUCAUCAAAGUCCGAGCACCUCCACUGAUCGAGCGAUGGACGGUGGCGAUGGAGUUGCGACUGGGAACGAACGCGUAGCGUUCAAGCUGAAAGGCUACUUCGAUUUGGCUAAAGAGGAGAUUGCCAAGGCCGUACGUGCAGAAGAGUGGGGUAUAGCAGAUGACGCCGUUUCUCAUUAUCAGAAUGCUCAAAGAAUACUCAACGAAGCCAUUUCCACUCCUGUGCCUUCCUAUGUCACUUCUAGUGAACUGGAGAAGGUGAAAUCGUACCGUCAGAAGAUAUCAAAAUGGCAAGGCCAAGUAGCAGAGAGACUACAAACUUUAAGCAGGCGAACACGAUCAGGUGGCACAUCCGAAAUCAAGAGCACCUCACCUAAGGCGCAAACCACAGCAGUCUCAUCUACAACUUCUCAGGCUAGAAAAGUGGCAGUACAAAAGUCUUUUAGCAAGAGUAGAGAGAGUUCUGCAUCAAGGAGUCCAGCUAAUACUGCUAUGAGUUCAAAACCCAUGCAGGAAUCUGGCAGUGGUUAUGACUCAAAAUUGGUUGACAUGAUAAAUUCUGUUAUAGUGGACCGGAGCCCUUCAGUUAAAUGGCAUGACAUAGCUGGCCUUGAGAAUGCAAAACAAGCUUUGCUAGAAAUGGUUAUUCUACCAACUAAAAGACGAGACCUUUUUACUGGCCUUCGGAAGCCAGCCAGGGGUUUGCUUCUCUUUGGACCACCUGGCACUGGAAAGACAAUGCUUGCGAAGGCAGUUGCUUCAGAGUCAGAAGCAACCUUUUUUAAUGUUUCUGCUUCUUCCCUAACAUCAAAGUGGGUGGGAGAGGGCGAAAAGCUUGUUCGAACUCUUUUCAUGGUUGCCAUUUCGCGGCAGCCUUCUGUAAUUUUCAUGGAUGAGAUAGAUAGUAUCAUGUCAACGAGGACAACUAACGAAAAUGAAGCAAGUAGAAGAUUGAAGUCAGAGUUUCUUGUUCAGUUUGAUGGAGUGACAUCAAGUUCUGAUGAUCUAGUCACUGUCAUUGGUGCAACCAAUAAACCACAAGAAUUGGAUGAUGCAGUCCUUAGAAGACUGGUGAAGAGAAUAUACAUCCCUUUGCCAGAUGCAAAUGCCAGGAGGCUUCUUUUUAAACACAAACUUAAGGGUUCAUUUUCUUUGCCAGAUCGAGAAUUAGAGAAACUUGUGCAAGAAACGGAAGGGUAUUCUGGAAGUGACCUAAAGGCAUUGUGUGAAGAAGCUGCAAUGAUGCCAAUCAGAGAGCUUGGCACAAACAUUCUCACAGUCCAGGCAAAUCAGGUAAGGCGUUUAAGAUAUGGAGAUUUUCAGAAGGCAAUGACUGUUAUUAAACCCAGUCUACAGAAGAGCAAAUGGGAAGAGCUUGAACAGUGGAAUCGGGAAUUUGGCUCCAACUAAAUUAUUAUGGUACUAAGUUCUGUCAUGAUCCAAAACAUGUUUUAGAAUUAUUUGACUGGAGAAAGAACUAACACAUGCACAAUAAAAAAACAAAAAAUGAAUGGAAAAAUCUGAGCAACAAAUGCUUUAUAUGGUACCAUGUAAAUAUGCAUUGAUCUAGAAUGAUCAAUCUAUUAGUGAGAUUGAAAGUUAAAUUUUACACGCUGCUUUGAAUUA